AUGCACAAUCCCAUUGCUGACGGCUUGGACGGCUGCGGUGGCGACUAUCCUGCUGGCGAUACUGUUGUCCCAAUCAUUGUCUCUGUUUUAUGUGGACAAAUCAUCUGCCAGCAAGUCCGAAAAAUAAUGCGAGUUAUUUGCACUGCACUGCAGCUGUUCGUGAACGGAUAUUCAAAUGCAUGCGAUGUUGUGCCACAGUGGACCAAAGAGGGCACCACAUGUCCGUUAUCUGCCGAAGAAAUCGAACGCUUCAAGUAUCUUUUUCAAAAACUAUGCGUGCUCGACUACGUUAUACGGAAUACAGAUCGCCACAUGGAGAACUGGCUCAUUAAUAUCAAACCGUACUUUGGUGCACAACCGUAA